GAGUUUGCUUUUUGAGAAAGAGGGAGGGUAACGUAUGUAGCGCUUUCAACAAAUAUGAUUAUUAAAUACCUUAUAACUUGUUAAGCAGCAACAGUAUGGUUAAAUACACGCAAAUUGGAACUGCACCUGAUUUACGUAUAGAUGCACCCCCUGAUGUGAAACCACAGACAGCACCAUAUGAUCCAAGGUUUCCAAAUCAAAACCAGACAAAGUAUUGUUAUACUAGUUACUUGGAUUUUCAUCGUUGCAAGAAACGUCAUAGUGAAGAAUAUGAAGCAUGUCAAUACUUCAAGAAAGUGUACAGUACAAUGUGUCCAAAUGCUUGGAUAGAAAAAUGGAAUGAACAGGUUGAAAAUGGAACCUUCCCAGGAAACAUAUAAUAGAAACGCUACAAUACACUUAUCCCUUCUUUAGUGAUGAUUAUGUGGAACAGGAUUAUACAAGAUUCUCUUCCUGUUUGUAAAAUAAUUAAUAUUAAAUAAAUUAAAAAUAGUUUAAUUUGUA